AUGUCGUCUCAAACCUCACAUGAAAUUGAGCUCUCGGAAAUUGGAAGGAGUGGAGUUGGUGAACCUCUGGAUGCUAGCACGGAUGGAAUUGGUACCCUUGGAAAUAAUGAUGUUAUGACCAGGAGAGGUGUAAGCGAGUCGACUGAUCCGGCUGUACAACGUACAUAUACAGGGGAUACAGGAGAUUAUAUUACAGCGGAAGGAACUGUACGUUCGGAUGAUUGUGAAGAUCGGCCCCCUGACGGUGGAUUUAAAGCUUAUUCGGUAAUGAUAGGCUCAUAUUUUACGAUUUUGACUAAUUUAGGGCUUAUAAAUUCUAUUGGUGCCAUCCAGACAUACGUAUCUGAGCAUCAGUUGUCAGGAAUAAGCGCCAUUGAUGUGUCAUGGAUCUUCUCGAUCUACCUUUGUCUUGCGUAUGGAGUAGGACUUUUCACCGGAAGAACGUUUGACAAAAGGGGACCUUUGAUAUUGAUGGUGAUAUCGGCGGUGUUGUUAGUUAUGGGGUUGUUUGGUGCGGCAUACAGUACGACGGUUUAUCAAUUUAUUUUGAGUUUUAUUGCAGUUGGCAUUUCAAACGGAUUAUCGAUUACUCCAUCGAUUGGCGUAAUUAAUCAUUGGUUUUCUAACAAGAAAAUUGGCACGAUUCAAGGCCUAUCGACAAGUGCAGGGUCCCUAGGAGGAUUAGUAUUUCCGUUAUUGUUGAGAUAUUUAUAUCCGAACUACGGGUUUACGAUAGCACUUAUAAUCUUGGGAUGCAUUUGUCUUGGUUGCAUGUUAAUUGGAAUUGUUUUAAUACGAGAAAGAGUGAAGAGAAAUGACUCAACCCAAGACUCCUCAACGAGUGGAAGAUAUGAAACAUUAUCGAAAUGGAAAAAGAUGAGGAGGGAAACAAAAGUCUUGAGCUUCAAGCAUUUAAAAGAUACCAAGUAUACACUACUUAUUGUCGGGACAUUUUUUGCCGAGCUUGCAUUGGUGAUGGUUAUUACUUAUUUUGCUACUUAUGCAAUCGCCCAGGGGGUCUCAGAAUCGACUUCUUACGUAUUAUUAACCGUUUGGAAUGCUACUGGUAUUUUAGGCAGAUUUUUACCAGGCUAUGCGUCAGAUUUCCUUGGUAAAUUCAACAUGAAUAUCUUGAUGCUUAUAGGAUUUAACAUAUCUAUUUGUGCAUUAUGGAUACCCUUCGGGCAUGAUUUGAAGGUCUUGUAUGCGUUUGCAGCUUUGGGAGGGUUUUUUCUGGGACUGAUUUUAUCAAUGGUUCCUAUCUGCUUAGCCCAAGUUAGUUUGGUUGUGGAAUUCGGAGAAAGAUACGGAUUGCUAAAUUUCUUUGUUAGUAUAGGUAAUUUGUUUGGUGUCCCAAUCGCUGCUGUUAUUAUUGGGGACGGCAGCGUCCACAAUUAUAAUAUGUUUGCAAUUUUUGUGUGUGUUUGUUCUGUUGUCGGAACUAUCUUCUGGUAUUUCAGUAGAUAUUAUAUUGUUGGAUCUAGGUUGAAUGUGAAGGUUUAA